AUGGAUCAAAUACAAGAAGAAAUUGCAAAAAAAAUUGAUAGAGAGAAAAAGAUCAUUCAGGGUGCUUCCACCUUAAAGAAGCGUACUAGCAAUGUUGUAGUUAUUCAAAAAUGUAACAAUAAUAUCAGAGAGGCGCAGCAGAAUAUAGAUUAUUUGCAAGAGACUUUGAACAAAUUAACCAUUGAAAAUUCAAAAAGAAAAAAUAAAAAUUCAAAAGAUGUUACUGGAAGUAAUAAUAAUGGUUCCAAUAACCAUAACAACGAAUUAGCUAAAACAAAUGAAAAUGAAAACCAAACAAAUCAUUUGAAUACAGUUUCUCCAGAAGAAACUAGAUAUUCAAGACUAGAUUUGGUCAAAUAUAAUUGUCCAUCUUUAGCGCAGCGUAUUCAGGUAAUGUUACAACAAUUAGAGUUUAAAUUAAAAGUCGAACAACAAUAUUACCAGGCCAAUGAAAAAUUAACUAAACUAUAUCAAAUAGAUGGAGAUCAAAGAACAAGUUCAGCUGCUGAAGGCGGUGUUAAAGAGUCUAAAUCUAGAAUACAAAUGUUGACCAGAUCUUUGAAAAAGUAUCAGGCGAUUAACGUUGACCCUGUUCAGUUCCGUGAGGCUCUAGAAGUGGAGGAGCAGCCAGAUCCUAAGUUUAGAAGAAAACAAUUGACUGGUGUUUUAACUUUGAGUAUUUCCGCCAUCCGUGAUGUUGAUCACAUUUCCUCACCUUUAUUUUCUAGAAAACCGGAAACCAUCAUCACUAUAAAAAUUGAUGAUGUGGAAAGAGCUAGAACCAAGCCUAGUAGGACAGAUAGGUGGACCGACGAAUUUAAUAUACAUAUUGAUAAGGGAAAUGAGGUUGAAAUUACUAUUUAUGAUCGGGUUAAUGACCAAGUUACACCGGUAGCUGUUAUGUGGUUAUUAUUAUCUGAUAUAGCUGAAGAAAUUCGUAAGAAAAAAGUUGGACAAAACGGUUUGUCUGGUUGGGCAAAUGCACAAACUGUCAUUGGUUCACAAGAAAAAAGCACACAUAGUUCUAGUGCGGCUAAUACUACCAAAGAUUUGACACCAUAUUCUCAUAAGAUGUCCGCUCCAUCCUCUUCCAACACCGCAAGCAAUAAUCGUAAUCAUAGUGCCACACCUACAGGGACAUCUAAUUCUGUACCAGUUACUACUAAUGCUUGGUUUAUAUUGGAGCCUACUGGUCAAAUUUUACUAACUUUUGGAUUCACUAAAACACACGGUAUUAAUAAAAGAAAAUUCAUUGGUGGUUUGGAUCGUCAUGGCGCCAUUAUCAAGCGUGAGGAAGGAGAGGUUUAUGAACAGCACGGUCAUCACUUUGUUCAAAAAUCUUUUUACAAUAUUAUGUGUUGUGCCUACUGUGGUGAUUUCUUAAGAUAUACAGGGUUUCAAUGUCAGGAUUGUAAAUUUUUGUGCCAUAAAAAAUGUUAUAGGUUGGUGGUUACCAAAUGUAUAGCUAAAUCUAGCACAGAUAUAGAUCCAGAUGAAGCCAAGUUGAACCAUCGUAUUCCACAUAGGUUUGAACCCGCUAGUAAUCGUGGGACUAAAUGGUGUUGUCACUGUGGUUAUAUAUUACCUUGGGGCCGUAAAAAUGUGAGGAAAUGUACCGAAUGUGGGAUUAUGUGUCAUGCACAAUGUGCUCACUUGGUGCCAGAUUUCUGUGGUAUGUCUAUGGAGAUGGCUAAUCAGAUUUUAACCACUAUUAAAAACACUAAAGUUUACUCUGAUAGAAAGACCAUUAUUACUCCAUCUGGUCAUGUUUCCCCUGUUAAAAUUAAGAAGAAACCACAUCACAAAAAACAUCAUAAUAAAAAGGAUAGGCAUAGUAAUCCAUCUCUUGAAAAAGAAAAUAGCAGCGCAUUAUCAACUGAAAUUACAAAAGUGAUCCCCGCAGUUAAACCAGUUGCAUCGACAAACGAGUUGUCGCCUGAACCAGUCCAUAAAACUCAACAACAACAACAACAACAACAACAACAAUCUAUACCAGCUGUUAGUCUAGAUGAUAUCAAUAACAAUGAGGGUAACAAAGUGGAAAUUAUUGAUUUAGAAGAUGAAUACAAAGAAAGAGAUAACAACCGUAGUUCAAUUUCACAAGUUGUUCAAGACAAGGUUAUGGAUAGAUUAAACGCAUUUAUAGACAACAAUGACGUAUAUGAAUCCUUUGCUCAAAAUGCUGGUGCUAAUCAUAACACAUUAACUACAGAAGUUGUUGAAUCAGAACCAGAAGAAGAAUAUAACGAACGAUCAGUCAUACACAAACGACUACAGUCAGUAUAUGAACAAAAAGAUUCCUCUGAUAAGGAAAUCUCACCACAGGAAUCAGUCAAGAUGGAUGUUAAUCUUACUUAUGAUAAACGCUCUUCUGAUACUAUCGCUACCAAAAAUACUGUCACGACCGAUAGUGCCAAAUUAAAUGAAGGGGACUUAGUUGAUCAAUCAUAUAUUUCCAUUCAAGAAAGUUCUAUCGAUGACAGUAGAUCCCAAUCUAAUCCGUUCCGUGAGAUGAAUCACAAUGAUCACCACACAAAAAGAACUUCUCAAACUACAGAGUUUAGCCGUCAAAGUGCAUUGUUAGAGGUUGUUGGACAGCAAAAAGUUUCGACAGAAACUUCGCCUAUUAAAAAACAUAAAAAGAAAACGAAACGCAGAAAAGUUUCCUUGGACGAUUUUGUACUAUUGCAAGUUUUGGGUAAAGGUAACUUUGGUAAAGUUUUAUUGGCACAAUCAAAGAAUAACAAUUGUCUGUGUGCUAUUAAGGUGUUAAAAAAAGAACACAUUAUUAAGAACCAUGAUAUUGAAAGUGCUAGAGCAGAAAAGAAAGUCUUUUUAUUGGCUACAGAGGCUAAACAUCCGUUUUUGACUAAUCUAUAUUGUUCCUUUCAAACUGAAAACCGUAUUUAUUUUGCGAUGGAAUUUAUUGGGGGUGGUGAUUUAAUGUGGCAUGUCCAAAACCAAAGAUUAUCUGUUAGAAGAGCCAAGUUUUAUGCCGCUGAAGUAUUAUUAGCCUUGAAGUAUUUCCAUGAAAAGGGGGUAAUUUACCGUGAUUUGAAAUUGGAAAAUAUUCUAUUAACUCCAGAAGGUCACAUUAAAAUUGCAGACUAUGGUUUAUGUAAAGAUGAGAUGUGGUAUGGUUGUAAAACAUCUACUUUCUGUGGUACUCCAGAGUUUAUGGCCCCUGAAAUUUUAAAAGAACAAGAAUACACAAAAGCGGUUGAUUGGUGGGCUUUUGGUGUUUUACUUUAUCAAAUGUUGCUAUGUCAAUCUCCUUUUUCAGGUGAUGAUGAAGAUGAGGUCUUUAAUGCUAUUUUGACUGAUGAACCGUUAUACCCAAUUGAUAUGGCUGGCGAUAUUGUUCAAAUAUUUCAAGGCUUAUUAACUAAAGAUCCUGAAAAACGUUUGGGGGCUGGUCCAAAAGAUGCAUUGGAAGUCAUGGAAGAGCCAUUCUUCCGUAAUAUAAACUUUGAUGAUAUCUUAAAUUUGCGUGUUAAACCACCGUAUAUUCCAGAAAUCAAAGGGGCUGACGAUACCCAAUAUUUCGAAAAGGAAUUUACAUCGGCGCCACCAACUUUAACUCCAUUACCAUCUGUUUUGAGUUCUAAGAUGCAAGAGGAAUUUCGUGGUUUCUCUUUUAUGCCUGAAGAUUUAGCAUUAUAG